CUCCCACUGUUCUCAAUCUCAAUCUCUUCUCUCUCUUUUUCUCUUUUUUCGCCCUCUCGUUCUCUUUCUGUCAUCAUCUUCAUCCUUCACAUCCUUCACAUCCUUCUCAUUCUUUCUCAUUCUUUCUCAUUCUUCACCCCCUACAUCCUCUCAUUACCCUCUCAUCACCCUCCUCUCCCUUUCUCCUUCCAUUCUAUUUAAUUAUUUCAGCUUCAUUCCUCCUCCAACUCACGUCUUCAUUUCUUUUAUUUUAAACACAAACCACUCUUAUUAUUCAUUCGCUGAUCAUCCAGUGCUGUAAAACAAAAAGCUCAACCCAAUGGCUAAACAACCAAAUCAACUCAUGCGCGAGUAUAAGCUCGUCGUCGUUGGCGGAGGAGGUGUUGGCAAGUCUGCCUUGACCAUUCAAUUCAUUCAAUCUCACUUUGUGGACGAAUAUGAUCCCACAAUCGAAGAUUCCUACCGCAAACAAUGCGUGAUUGAUGAAGAAGUUGCCCUUCUUGACGUACUUGAUACUGCUGGCCAGGAGGAGUACAGUGCGAUGAGAGAGCAAUACAUGCGCACAGGUGAGGGAUUUUUGCUCGUCUACUCGAUUACCUCGCGCAACUCGUUUGAAGAAAUCUCGACAUUCUAUCAUCAGAUCUUGCGUGUCAAGGACAAGGACUUUUUCCCAAUCAUCCUAGUGGCCAAUAAGUGCGAUCUUGAGCAUGAGCGUCAGGUUUCUACGCAUGAGGGUCGGGAAUUGGCAAAGAAUUUUAAUUCGCGUCUAAUUGAAACCUCAGCAAAGCAGAGGAUUAACGUGGAUGAAUCCUUCUACAACCUUGUUCGUGAAAUCCGUCGUUUCAACAAGGAGACACAUAACCAACCCCAGAGUGGAGGCUAUGGAUAUUCUCAACAGGGACAAGGAUAUGGCAAUCAAUCGGAAGAUAAGGAUGAGAAGGGUUGUUGCUGCCUGAUCAUUGGAUGUGUGUAG